CCACCCCUUCUUCCUCCCUCCUCAGAGUCUCUUGUUUGGAAAUUGGGAGUUUAGCACCAUGGGUUCUCCAAAUGAUCAGGCAGUGCUGCAAGCCAUAUUCAACCCUAACACCCCAUUUGGAGAUGUUGUUGGGUUAGAUAUGGAAGAGGAUGCUGGGAAGGAAGAAACAGAUGAAGAUGGAAUUUUCCCUCGAGCACAGCUGGAACAGUCCAAAGCCUUGGAACUGCAAGGGGUGAUGGCAGCAGAAGCUGGCAACCUCAAUACAGCCCUAGAGAGGUUUGGCCAAGCUAUCAGCCUGCUACCUGAGAGGGCCUCAGCCUACAACAACCGAGCCCAGGCUCGGAGACUCCAAGGAGACGUGGCAGGCGCCCUGGAGGACCUGGAGCGCGUCUUGGCGCUGAGCGGCGGCCGGGGCCGCGCGGCGCGACAGGGCUUCGUACAGCGCGGGCUACUGGCUCGGCUGCAAGGCCGGGACGACGACGCCCGCAGCGACUUCGAGCAGGCGGCGCGGCUGGGCAGCCCCUUCGCGCGGCGCCAGCUGGUGCUGCUCAACCCGUACGCCGCGCUGUGCAACCGCAUGCUGGCAGACAUGAUGGGGCAGCUGCGCAGUCCUAGCAAUGGGCGCUAGGGCGGCGGGACAAGGGUCGAGACAAUAAAGCUGCCUGCCUUUCA